AUGUCCCCAACUGUCCCCUCAGCGCCACCGCAGCUGCGCAUCGUCCCCGAGCGCUCGGGCCCCGCGCUGGCCCUGGUGUGCCACGCCUGGGGCUUCUCCCCCGCCGAGAUCACCCUGAGGUGGCUCCGCAACGGGGCCAUCGUUGGGGACACCGUUGGGGACACUGUCGGGGACACCGUCGGGGACACCGUCAGGGACACCGUGGGGGACACUUCAGGACAAAGCCGGGUGCUCCCGGUGGGGGACGGAACGUUCCGGACACAGGCGACGAUCCAGGUGCCGCCAGGGACAUCUGGGGACACUUUGGAGUGCGUGGCGCUGCACCCCACCCUGGAGGAGCCCCUCAGAAUCGCGUGGGCCCCGGGAUUGUCCCCAAGGUUGUCACUCCUGGUGGCCCUGGCGGUGCUGGCGCUGAUCCUGGGGCUGCUCCUCUUCACCUUCGGCCUCAGCCGCUACCUCGGGACAGGUUACACCCCGCUCCCCGGUGCCACCCACGCAGGUUACACCCCCCUCCCCGGUGACACCCACGCAGGGAGCAUCUGAGGACCCUCCCAGGACGGCGACGGGGACCAAAAACCCGAAAAUCACCCAAAUUCAGC